AUACUGUGGCAGCGGGAGACGCACAGGCCCUGGCGGUAGGUGAGUACGCCUCGACGAAAACGAAGACCACCGCCAAAACUACUCCCUACAGCGCCAAGUCCUCGUCUAAGUCGUCUGCCAUAGCCGCCAGCGGCCGCAAGCUGCGCAGCCUGGACAUGUCAG